GAAGCAAUUAGACAACUUUCAUCUGAAUUAUUUCAUGAGCAUAAGCAAAUAAGCAAUAAAGAGGUGAAAAAGCAGCUCAAAGAUAAGUUAGAAAAUAACAAAGAUUGUGAUAAGCAAUUACAAUAUUUGAAAGAAAAGAGAUUUUUAUUCAAUAAGUUGUGGAAUGAAAAAUUUUAUUCAGAUAUCAGUAUUGAACAAAUGAAAAAGUGGAAAGAGGAUUCCACGAAAGUUUAUGAAGAAUUAUACAAUCCAAGCGAUCCAAAUGACCCAAAUUCAGAUACUUUUCUUGCUUUAAUCAUCAAAUAUGCUUUUAUAUCUGAAGAUGAACGUAUCUAUGCUAAUGCUAUUUGGACACAGGCUGUUCUUGAACUUAUUUUUGAUAAAAAUUAUCUUUCAGUGAAACUUGACUCCAAUAUUAAUAAAAAAAACGUUUGCGUCUCUUCUGCAAACUCACAAGUUGGAUCUUUAAAUUCGAUAGAUAUUGACAAUCAUUACGAAAACUUGUCUGACUCUGACUCUGAAAGCUAUUUAAGCAAUAACAGCAUUGAAGACAAUGAUAGUAAUGAUAAUUAUGACACCG